GUCAUGGCCGCCCCUCCCCCUCACUCCUCAGCUUUACCUGUGGGAAACUAGUUGGGCUACUUUUUAAUCCAGGAAUGAGUGAGUGAGAGAGACAGAGAGUCAGACAGCCGCCUCCCUGCUCCGCUGAUACUCUGGGCUGUGGGCUUCUGACACUUCCCGGUUACAAGUUGUGGAUUUGGCUGGAGAAAGUCAUGGGUUUUGGCACCAUGCCCCGGGGGUCCCUGGACUCACACCUCGGUCACUGGCUUCUCCGGAUGCUGCUGCUUCUCCCUUAUACAGGGUGCUCGGCUGGCAUCGUCAGGACAGAGAAGAGUAUCACAGCCGUCCUGGGAUUAGAUGUCACUCUGGCAUGUCAUUACGAAGCACAGGAAGGAGAAAAGGUGUCUCAGAUUGUCUGGUCCAAGAAAGUCGUGAAUGGUCAGGAUAUCCAGAUUGCCAUCCUGAAUACGGAGUUUGGGUCCCAUGUCUAUAAUCAGUAUAAGGGCAGAGUUAGGGAGAAGGCUCCGCCGCAGAUGGAAGAUGGCACAAUAAUACUGAAGAACGCUGUGCAGGCGGAUGAAGGGGUGUACCAGUGCCGGGUCAACACAUUUCCAGCCGGGAACUUUGAAGCCGACCUAAGAUUAAAUGUUCUUGUCCCCCCAUUACCCACGCUGAACCCCGGACCAUCGCUGGUAGAAGGAGUGGGCAGAACCCUGGCUGCCUCUUGCACUGCGGAGGGGAACCCCGUUCCUAGUUUGACCUGGGAGACUGAGGUCACGGGGACAAAUACUUCCAACACAUUUACCCAUUCUCGAUCUGCCUCAGUGACCAGUGACUUUUACGUCGUACCAAUGCGCAGCAUGAAUGGGAAGCCCCUGACCUGCGUCAUCUCUCAUCCAGGGUUCCAGCAGGAGAAGAAAAUCACUCAUGUGCUUGCAGUAAAAUAUUUGGGGGACGUAUCUAUACAAGGACAUGAAGACUGGUUUGUCGGGAAAGAGGAGGCUGCUCUGACAUGUCUUUGCGCUGGGAAUCCAGACCCAGUAUAUAAAUGGUCCAAGGUGAAUGCCUCUCUCCCUAAAGAUGUGAAGUUUGAAGGGAACAGACUGAUAUUUGGGAUCCCCGUUAGCCUGGAUGACGCAGGGGUGUACGUCUGUCGGGCAGCGAAUGAUGUCAGCAGUAGACAAGCCAGCGUCAGCAUCUCCAUCGCAGUUAGUGAACCUCGGAAGGUCGAUGUGGUAUCAAUCUCAUUGGUGUCUGUGGCUGUAGUGACCGCUAUCCUAUUGGUGAUCCUGGUGAUAAUUGUAGUGUUGGUGAAUCGCCAUCACAAGAGGAAGACAAAGAGGCUUUCAGAGAAAAUUGAGGAACUCUCCACCUUAUCUAGACAGAAUUCCCGGCGGAGACUUAACUCCACCACGGCCAGCACAGAUACCCGGAUGCAGCUAGAGGAAAGCAUCCACCUGAGAGGAGGCCAUCACCCCGACAGUCUGAGGGACCCCAGCAUCAGCUCAAUGAUGGGAGAAGAAGCGGACAGACGCAGUUAUUCCACGCUAACAACCGUACGGGAAACAGAGACGCAGACCGAGCUCCUGUCCACUGUGCCGGAUGAAGAGGUGAAGGAAGAGAGUGAGGAAGAGGAGCAGGGAGAAGAAGACAAAGUGCUGGAACAGAGUGAGCGAGGGAGCACCGGAGUGCUGGAGAACCAGCCCUUCAUCAAGCAGGGAAUGAGCCACUUUUACCAGGAGAAUGGGACACUGAGAGCCAAGCCCAGCACUAACGGGAUCUACAUCAAUGGCAGGGGACACCUGGUAUAACUAUAUGGACUGUACGGGAUACUACCUAUGCAGCUGAGAUGGACCAGAGGAGAUGUCCUUAUUCCCCCAUCUCAGGGGGCUGGUAUCCCCCGUGUCCCUCUGCAAUGUGUACAUCCAGUAUUAGGAGGGUCACCUCCUCACAAAUAAACAUUGGGAAGUUUAGCAGCUGGAGCCUCUUCAUGGGGGCAGUUUGGCUUUCCAUAGACUGGCCCAAGUGUUGUCCGUCUGACUCCGCCACGGUCCUGCCGUCUAUCUCCUGUGGACACUAAGAACAUUGCACUGCAUGACAGCUGUAUACGUGGGGUGAUGGUUCUCAUGCGGGGCCCCCUUCCUGUAGCUCAGCAGGUUCUGCAGCAGCCGUUCCUUCCUCCAGCUCUGAAUAUUCUAUUUAUUGUUAGAAAUCUGAUUAUUAUUAUAUUGUGUCUCUUCUAUGUGCUGUGUACAAGUGUCCCGCUUCAGAUGUGGUCGCAAUCUCCACGCAGCAGCAAGUGACAGAACUGUGAGGCAUUGCCCACCGAAGCCAUCGCAACAUGCUCAGCAACUGCAUACUAUGUCGCAGAUGCGAGGAACAUUGACUCCGAGUGCCUCCGUGGCCGCACAGAAGAGCCAUGUCUUCUGCGUACAAGAAUGCAGUUCGCGCUGAGACACGUCCAGAAAACGGUCACGGCGUGCCUGUGGUUUUACAGACACUCACCGGUACCUCCCUUCCACACUGCAAGCUGCAUCGCAAAGGAACAUUGGUGCGUCCGCGACGCAUGCGUAGCCGAUAAGCACUCAGUUGUGACCGCAUGUGAAUACGGCCCAAGGAGCAGACUCUCUCCCCCCUAUGUGACCAUUCUUAGUGUCAGGGUAUGAAUAUGGGGCCUCCUAGGAACAUCUUGUGGCACCUACAAUAAGCCACGUGAUGGAGAUAAUAAAGAUCACUUAUAGGAAGAGGACACAAAACACUGCGCAUAGCAUAGCUAUUAUAGGUGGCCCCUGCCUGGGCUGUAUGACGGAACAAGCUACAUAUGAAGAGGAGAGGGAUCAGACUGGCAGGGAGAGGGGAAGCCCCACGUGUAUAUAUAGAGGAGAGGAGAGGGAUCAGGCUGGGAGUGAGAGGGGAAGCCCCACGUGUGUAUAUAGAGGAGAGGAGAGGGAUCAGGCUGGGGGUGAGAGGGGAAGCCCCACGUGUGUAUAUAGAGGAG